ACCUCCCGGGAAGCCGGCCGUCACGCAAAAGAGCAUGAUAGCGGUCGAGAAGGUCAAGACGGACCACAUGAGGAAGGCGAAUGGAAGAGACCAGAGGAUAGCAAGGGGGCGGUGGCCGUACAGUUGAUGGUGUUCGAAGACGGUGGAGGCGAGAGAGGCAGUGAUCAUGGCGACGCGGACGACGUUUUGGGUGUCAGUGAGGGGUUGCUUUUGUUGAGGGUCGAGAAUAGGAUAAGGAAUAGCAAGGAAAGCCAUAUUAGCGCUAGGAAGAUUUUUAUCAAUGAGAUCUUGGAAGCGAACUUUGUUUACAAUCUUGUCGACCCAUACGAGUUCCAAAGCGCUGUUAUGGGCCAUGGGAGCUUCGAACAAGAGUACGCAGAUGAAGCGGAUGUGUUCGGUCGAGACGCGCUGAUGGAUGUCCGUACAAGUUUUGAAACUGCCAGUCCACUGUUGAAUCCGAGAGUGUUAUUUUUAUAG